AUGAUCAUGACUGAGGAGAUCCCGUACAAACAGCUGUUGCAGUGGGAGCGGCGGUCCCAGAGAAGAGCUCUUGUGUGCACACUACUGCUUGUCCUGACCACGGUGCUGCUGAGCGUGUUGGCGGCAGUCAUCCUCCUGAUCCCACGUCCAGGACCACUCCUCAGUGAAGAUGCUCCCUGCUCGGACCCCUGCGAAUUGGUGCUGGUGGAGAGCAUUCCGGAGGGGCUGGUGUUUAAUUCCAGUUUGGCCCACCCCAGUGUGUUCCAGGCCUGGCAGACACUGAUGAGCCAGGCCCAAAGCAGCCUAGACAUCGCUUCCUUCUACUGGACCCUCACUAAUGCAGACACUGGGACAGAAGACCCCUCCGCAGCUCAGGGGGAGGCGGUUCUGGACGCUCUGGCUCAUCUUUCUCCAAAGCUGAAGAUCCGCAUUGCUGUGAACAGUCCCCAGGAUAGUCUGCCAGCUAACCUGCAGCUGCUGCAGCGUGCAGGAGCUCUGAUCCGGACAGUGAACAUGAAAGAGCUGACCACAGGAGUCCUUCACACCAAGUUCUGGAUAGUGGACAAGAGGCACGUGUACAUCGGCAGUGCCAACAUGGACUGGAGGUCCCUCACACAGGUGAAGGAGCUGGGAGCCGUGGUGUAUAACUGCAGCUGUCUGGCCGCAGAUCUGGAGAAGAUCUUUGAGGCUUACUGGUACGUGGGGAAGGACCAGUCCAUCCCCUCCCCCUGGCCCAGCUCUUUCUCCACUGCCUACAACCAGGACAGCCCUCUGCAGCUGCAGCUCAACCACUCCGAUGCCAGUGUCUAUCUGUCGGUAAGAACCACAACACCACUACUCUGGGACAGUGUCUGUAAGGACCACUGCUCCUCUGCUCUGGGACAGUGUCUGUAG